GAAGAGCGACGAAAUGAUCAGCCAGACCAGCCAAUCCUUGGGAGUGAGGAUGCAGUCGGAGCUUGAACAGCCCUCCGAACUGCGGCAGGAACCGGAGAAGCUGCUCAGCUCAGUGUGUAGGACGGCCACAGGGACUGAAUCGGCCUCUAGGGAAGUGGAUGAACAUCCUGGAACCAACUUGUUCCCGCCGCCGCUGCCUCGACCCCGAAUCUGCAUGUGGAAGUACUUGGACAUCCAUUCUAUGUACCGGCUGGAGAAGACCACCAACGUUGAGGAGAUGAGGAAGGUGCUGGCUGAACUGUUGGAGCUAGGUUGUCCUGAGCAGAGCCUGCGAGAUGCUAUCACCCUGGACCUCUUUGCCCAUGCACUCAUGUUCUGCCGCCAACAGGGCUUCUCACUGGAGCAGACAUCAACAGCUUGUGCCCUGCUCCAAGAUCUUCACAAGGCCUGUGUUGCAACCCCCUUGGGCAACGUGGAGGAAUGCUACCGCUACUUUACCAGUGUUCUUUUUUGCCAUGGAGUCAGGCGGCCCCCCUUCAGCAUUGACCUCUUUAAAGAGGAACAGCUGCUGGCCCUGGCAGACUAUGUGGUCAACACCUAUUUCCGCCACUUCAAGCUCUACAAAUAUGUCUUCACACCCCAGGUGCGGUUGGAUCUAUCUUUGACUUACAUGGGGCUACAGUCACCCAAGCUCUGGCCAGAAGACAAAGAAGAAACCAAGGAAGUGGAGGAGCAGGCAGUCACCCCACACGAGGAGGAACUGGAAACGGUGGCCCAGCCACAGCAAGAGCCAAAUGAGGUCCACAUCCUCCAAAACUAUAUCAAGACCCAACUGAACAAAGAGCUGGGGCAGCUCCAAGAACUGGUAGAGGAGAGGCUCAAGGCCAGUGAGGAAAGACUCAACAGCAAAUUGACUGCACUAGAGCGGCCCUUCCAGCUACCUCCAGGCAAAAGCAAGAACAAGACUAAGUGAUCCUCAGCAUUUUCUCCAAUAAAGGCCUAGGCCAGAACGGCCCAAU